AUGAAGCGCUCCAGGGGCACUGAUAGCAAUAACAGCGGAAGCGGUGAUCCCAAUAACCGUUCGCAGAGCAAUCGCAGAAAGACAGAGCCACUCGUUGCAAGUCUACAAGGCUCAGUGUCACCUCCACCGCGGAGAAAGACAGCUACAUCGAAGGUUGCAAGCCCUCAACUCGCUGCGAUUGAAGCCGGGGAUCUCCAUGUUGAGAACCAUUUGCAGAUCUUCGCCACCAGGCUUCGGCAACAGUGUCGACCCAGCAGCGUCGCAUCUGAGGGUGUACGACGCCUCAAUAUUGAGGACUAUGCCGAUCUAUAUCGGCGAAACAAUCAUGCUGCGGGCAGGCAUUUUGUGAUUCAUCAGCAUGACCAUCCGAUCGCGGGACCCCAUUAUGAUCUCCGUCUGCAGUUCUCCGAGACAAGUUCCGUGUCGUGGUCUAUUAUGUAUGGAUUACCGGGGGAUCCGAAUAGUGAAAGAUUAAAUCGCAAUGCUACCGAGACACGAGUGCAUUGUCUUUGGAAUCAUCUUGUCGAGACCGCGUCAGACAAGACUGGGAGCCUUCUCAUCUGGGAUACGGGGGAAUAUGAGAUUCUGCCUUACUUGGACAACGUGACGGGUGCACAGACAGAUGAGUCGGAGUCUGACUCGGACUUUGGUGGGGAUGAUGCACAGCGCGCGAAGACCCUCUCGGAGAGUGCCAAGCUCAAACAAGCCUUUCAUAGCCGCAAAAUUCGACUCCGUCUGCAUGGGACCCGUCUACCUAGAGGCUAUACAUUGCUCUUGCGAAUGGACAAAGCCACCGACUACGCUCGCCCGGCUGGGAAGGGGCCCAAACGCAGGAGACGUGCACCUUUGGUCGCUCAUCACCCACCGCCGGCGCCAGCAUCUACCUCCAGCUUUGAAUCUCGCUCGGCUUCACCUUCUACGGUCCAGAAGCAGAAAGCAGCAAUUGAAAACAAUCAGUCAGCCACCAAAAUCUCAGCUGAUGGUCAAGAUAUUCUAUCCGACGAGGAUCUGAACUAUCAAAUACGAAAGAACAAUGCUUACCCCGGAUCCUCCAAUACCAUCGGCUCAAUCCAUCAGCGAAGAUGGUAUCUCAGUAUGGACCGAGCAGGGUCAGGCUUCGAGCCUCGACGGAUCGCUCUUGACAAUGGACGAUCGAAGAAGACCUGGGUUCGAUCACAAAAUGGCUUCAACUCAUGCGCUGGGUCAGGAUUUGAGCCAUUUUACGUGCGUGGACCGGAGGUUGAGAGAAGCGUGGUGACAGGACGCCUGGCGUGGGAGGUUCUUGCAGAUGAGGGCGUGCAAGGGUUUGUUGCUCGGAAAGGUUGGAGGCCCGUUCUGCGGUAG